UGAGCUGAUCCCACGUGUGACGCUGUCGUUCCCGGCUCAGUAAUAUUCUCAUAGCGGGGCUUUGCGUAUCUCCUGCCUGGCUCUGUGUCUCGCACUCUCUCGGUAGUCCCAGCCGAUAGUUUUGGAAUAGCUAUGGAAGGAGACGGGAGUCAAGCCACAUCCGGAAGCCUAAAUGACUCACACCAUGACCCGGGUAAAAUGUUUAUCGGUGGCCUCAGCUGGCAAACCUCACCAGACAGCCUUAGAGACUAUUUUAGCAAAUUUGGAGAGAUAAGAGAAUGUAUGGUGAUGAGAGACCCCACGACGAAACGCUCAAGAGGAUUUGGGUUUGUUACAUUUACAGACGCUGCCAGCGUAGAUAAAGUCUUAGCUCAACAACACCACGAAUUAGACUCCAAGACGAUUGAUCCUAAGGUUGCCUUUCCACGUCGCGCCCAGCCUAAGAUGGUCACAAGAACAAAGAAAAUAUUUGUGGGUGGCCUUUCAGCCAAUACGGUAGUGGAAGACGUCAAGCAGUAUUUUGAACAGUUUGGGAAGGUGGAUGACGCCAUGCUAAUGUUUGAUAAGACUACAAACAGACAUAGAGGAUUUGGUUUCAUAACUUUUGAGAGUGAAGACAUCGUAGAGAAAGUCUGUGACAUUCAUUUUCAUGAAAUCAAUAAUAAAAUGGUAGAAUGUAAGAAGGCCCAGCCCAAGGAGGUGAUGUUCCCGCCAGGAACACGAGGGCGAGCCAGGGGUCUGCCCUACACCAUGGAUGCCUUCAUGCUGGGAAUGGGCAUGCUGAGUUACCCGAACAUCGUGGCAACGUACGGCCGUGGAUACACUGGAUUCGCGCCCAGCUACAGCUACCAGUUCCCUGGCUUCCCAGCAACAGCGUACGGACCGGUGGCGGCGGCGGCAGUAGCAGCAGCGCGUGGCUCAGGUAUCGGCCUGCGGCCGGCACGAGGAUCCCAAGAUGCGAGAGCCAGCAGGUGGUGCAAGAGGAUUUAUUACAAAAAGGAUGCAACUGAGGAGCCAAAACAGGGACUAAACCAAGUACAACAAAAUAUCACUAGGAGGGGUCACAGGAAAAAACACACUAGGGCUAAACUAAAGGAGCUACCGAAAACGAUGAGGUAGAACGGCAAGGACUAUAAUUACACUAACAGAAAACACUAGCAGCAGCACAGGGCUAGGCAAAACAGUAUACACACCGCGGCAGGCAAGCGAGAGAAAAAGGUAACAAAAGGAGCAGCAAGUAGCUGAGAUAAGAUGCUGGAGGAAUAGCAGGUCGAGGCGUAGGAGGUGGCUGGUGCGUCGUAGACUGUUAGCUAAGAGCUACAACGAACUGGCACCAUGCUGCAGGACCCUGCUGCUUAUCAAUUGUUCUCCUUAACGAGCUGCAGGUGUGCCAGGAGGGAACUAGGUGGUAGGAGGUGCGCUGAAACACAGAGCAGAGGGAGAGCAGGAGAGAGAGCGGCGCACAAUUCCUAACAGUACCCCCCCUUUUAUACGACGCCCCCUGGCAGCAUACCUGGUUUGUUAGGGUGGGACGAGUGGAAGUCGCGGACGAGGGAUGGGUCCAGGAUACAGGAGCGGGACACCCAGGAGCACCCAGUUGGCUGGCCAUCAAUGAUGCGCGGCGGAGGCGGAGCCUCGGCAGGAGGGCACAGCGGGCUGGUUCUCACUGGUUUUAGGUGGGAAAUGUGGAAAACGGGAUGAACCUUGAGGGCGGGCGUCAGCUUCAGUCUAACAGCAGAUGGGUUGAUGAUGGCCUCAAUGGGGUAGGGUCCGACGAAUCUAGGAGCGAGUUUUCUAUUUGUGCCCGCCAAGGGGAGGUCCCGAGCCGAGAGCCACACCUUCUGUCCACGACGGUAGGUGGGUACCGGAGUUCUGUGCCGGUCCGCCAGUUGCUUGUUGCGGGUGGCGAUGCGGGACAACGCGGCCCGGGUGUCUCACCAGACACUGUGGGCCCGCCGGAGGUGUAGGUGUAGCGCAGGGAUGGCAAUCUCGGCUUCCUGGGAGGGAAACAGUGGGGGUUGGAAACCAUAAGCUGCUUUAAAAGGUGACAUACCUGUGGCCGUGCUGAUCUGGGAAUUAUGGGCGUAUUCGACCCAGGGGAGGUUUGUAGCCCAGGCGGAGGGGUGCCGGUGGCAGACGCAGCGGAGAGCCGCUUCCAUGUCCUGAUUGGCCGUUCGACUCGGGGUGGUAUUCCAAGGUGAGUCUGGCCUUGGUGCUCAGUGCUUUGCAGAAUCCCUUCCAGACGCGGGAUGUGAAGUGGGGGCCUCUGUCGGAGACGAUGUCCAUGGGAAUGCCGUGAAGGCGAAAUACGUGUUGAACAAGCAGGUGGGCCGUCUCCAGUGACGAUGACGAUGGGAGCUUCGGCAAGGCUAUGAGGUGUGACAUCUUGGAGAAUCUAUCGAUGAUGUUGAGAAUAACGGAGUUGCCGCGUGAGGGGGGCAACCCAGUGACGAAGUCCAGCGCAAUGUGCAACCAAGGGCGUGGUGACACAGGCAGUGGUUGCAGGAGUCCUGCCAGUGGGCCGUGUACGGGCUUGCUUCUGGUGCAGACAGAGCAGGCUGCGACGAAGCUCUUUAUGUCGGCUGACAUCGACGGCCACCAAAAUCUCUGAGUGGUCAGGAAGUGUGUUCGUCUAAUUCCGGGGUGGCAUGAUAUCUUGGAGGAGUGAGCCCAUUGGAGAACUUCGGACCUGAGAGCAUUGGGGACAAACAAUUUACCUGAGGGGCAACCCUCCGGUACGUCCGUGUCCGUAGUGGCCUCAGAUACGCGCCUCUCCACCUCCUCCAAGUAUUCUCUGUCACGCUCUUCUGAUGGGGUGGUCGGGAGCUUGCGCCGAAAAGCCACACCUUUGCUUUCUUUCCUGCAUUUGAUCAGGAAAUUUGCAAAUUUGGCGGUUUUUACUGAAGAAAAUGUUUAAAAGAAUUGCAAUCAUACAGAAAAUAAUAAUAAUAAUAAUAAUAAUAAUAAUAAUAAUAAUAAUAAUAAUAAUAAUAACAAUGCAAUUCAAAGGGAAAAUAUUAUAUAUACUAUUUAUUUUAUCUUAUGAUUGUUUUUUGUGUUUUUCCAUCAUCCACUGACCACACGUCAUUUACCAGUCAGGGGUGCAUUUGCAGCAUUUAUGAUCACGCUAUCAUCAAAGCCAGCUUUUUUUUAGGAGUGUCAUUGUGUCGCUUCUCAAAACUUUAAAUACACUUAGAAGAAGAUGAAGCUAGAGGGAGGGGGCUAUGUUUACACCAACAAGGAGACUAGGUGUUGGUCAUGUUACGUCGAUGAGAGAAAAGCCACGGCGGGAAGUACACAGUGAUCAUGUGGCUCUCCCAAUGCUAAUGUGUGAAUCUAUAUUGUGUCUUAUUCAUGUCUAAUUUUCUUUUAAUAUACUGCUCAAAAAAUAAAGGGAACACAUCCAUAACACAUCCUAGAUCUGAAUUAAUGAAAUAUUCUGAUUAAAUACUUUUGUCUUUACAUAGUUGAAUGUGCUGGCAAGAAAAUCACACAAAAACGAUCAAUGGAAAUCAAAUUUGUUAACCCAUGGAGGUCUGGAUUUGGAGUCACACUCAAAAUUGAAGUGGAAAAACACCCCACUUGUUGUCUAUUCCAUUUGCUCAACAGAUUGUGAAAUUGAUUGUCAAUCUGUGUUGCUUCCUAAGUGGACAGUUUGAAUAACGGCGCAGCACUUUUGACUGAGUGUGAAUUGAGUGUUCCCUUUUUUUUUUGAGCAGUGUGUUAUUUCAUGUCUAGAGGGCUCUAAUAAUGUUAAAAAUGUAUAUUUAGAAGGUGGUAAACAGGUUUUCCAUGAUCUAACUAAAGAACCCAAAUAUUCCAUUUAUAUAUAAGGAAUCUUACUUUGUGGAAAUUCCCUCAUCACAGUCGGGUCGGGAAGCGAUGAACCGCCAUAAACGAGGGAUGACUGUAAGUCAUUAUUGACAAUCCAAAGGUGAAACUUGGGAAUAAUAUCACACACUGAGCUUGUUCCUCGGUGCAGUUUGUUGAGGUCUCACUCACAGCAAAAAAUAUGAUCCGAUAUUUUUAUGUCAGUAUCGGCCAUCCUUAGUUAUCACACCUCAGUAUGGAGCAGAAAUUCUACCCAGAAAAAAGGAAACAGAAACAAAACAAAGCUGCAAGCUAUGAAAUGCCAAAAAUGCAUCAUAUACAUACAUGUUGUGUAUAUAACUUAUAAAAUGUGGAUGUGGACAUCCGUCCAUCCAUUUUCUAUGCCGCUUAUUUUCACCAGGGGCGUGGGGGUAUGGUAUGCUUGAGCCUAUCCCAGCGGUACACCCCGGUCGCCAGCCAAUGGCAGGGCACAUAUAGACAAACAACCAUUCACACUCACAUUCAUAUCUAUGGACAAUUUAGAGUCUCCAAUUAACCUCACCUGCAUGUUUUUGGAAUGUGGGAGGAAACCGGAGUACCCAGAAAACCCACGCACACACGGGGAGAACAUGCAAACUCCACACAGAAAUGCCCAAGGGAGAAUCGAACCCAGAUCUUCCACAUCUCCUGACAUGCUAACCACUCGGCCACCGUACGGUAUGAGCUACAAGUGCACUGUAAAUACACAAGGCAGGUAUAUUUGUAUGUAAUAUGUAUGUUAUCACUCAUGCCAGUGAACAUCUACCAAGACAUUCGGAUGCAAGCUCCUGUCAGUGUACAACAGAGUUUCUCUCUGUGUUUAACACGGCAUCGAUUGACUUGUCGGCUUCAUUUAGACAGCUUGCUUUUCCCCCCUUACAACUGUAGAUCAUUCAAUAGCUGUCAAUAGCAGCUCCCCUGACUGAACACUGCAGCCUGCAGACUCUAGCGAGGCACACCACCCUUUACCAGACAUGCCGUAGGAAGCUUAUGGGAGAAAACAUCACUUUGAAUUGUAACUCUGAUAUUUGUAGCAUGUAUGCUGUACGGUGGGCAUACGUGUGUAGACAAACUGCCCUUCAUUUCAAUCAUCUUAUGUCUUUCCCAUCAGGGUGUUUGUAUUUUCAAAACAAACCAUUUGCAAAACCAUCAUGGCAAUGUGAAUCAUUAAGAAGCAGGAAUGUUGAUUUGGAGUUAGCGGCAGCCAGAAAGCAAAUGACGUGACGGCAGCCAUCAUGAACACUUUAUGUGUGACGGCUGCUAAUGGAAGGGAGUUAAGUAUCAUAAUGGACAGGGGCUGAUAAACACUGACAUCAGGCUUUUUGUCAGGGCUUUCUCUGUGUAUGCUAGACAUACUGGAAGUCAUGUAUGUUCGCCCAUUUUUACACGGAAUUAAUCAAUCAUCACUGGAGCGUCCAGCGGUCUGCUUUCUUUUGUACUUACUUUUUGCUAGGUCCAUAUCUAAAAUUGCACCUAAUAGCACAUCAGCAAAAGUUGUUUCCUCAUUUUGGUGCUUUUUUUUUUUUUGCUUACCUGGUGACGCAUGAGUGGAUUAUUUGUGCUUUGACUCCACCUACAGUUCCCACAGAGCACCACAUUCAGAAUAGAGACUGCUUGUAUUCUUUAAAAGCUGAGACUAACUGAUCCCAGCUGUAUGACUUUUGGCUCCCUUCUGUUGAGGCUGAGCCAGCUGGCCCAUUAAGCAAUAUAAGCAGAUGUUAAGAUGGGUGCCAACAUAUCUGGGAAAAAAAAUCAUCUUUAAUGUUCUAUUAAAAGUAGUUGUUAUAGUUAUUACUAGUUAUAUAAUACUCACAUUGAUUCAAAUGUAUGGCAAUGCCCAAUAAAUAAUAAUAUUUUAUUAAUUAUUAAUUGUUAUUCUACAAGCAGUCUCCCCGCACCCAUCAUUUUUGCACAAAAUUUUGCAUUUAGUUGUGCAGUCACCCCUCGUUUAUUGUGCUUAAUUGGUUUGCAGAAGUAGGAUUUUUAGUAAUAGUAGUAGUAUUUAUAUACUGCCUCUGUCCACCAGAGGGAGCCAGAGGAGCCCACAGCCCCGACGGAGGCUGACAUCAUUGCAGCGCUCCAGCAGGAAUAACAAUUAAAUGCUGUGCUGGGACUAAAUGCAUUAUGAGAAAAAGUUAAAAUCUUUUUUUUUUUUUAAUUUUAAACUCGUAUUGGUACUUGUAUUGUACAGCCAUCCAUCUUCUACCGCUUAUCCAAGAUCGGGUCGCGGGGGCAGCAGUCUAAGCAGGGAGGCCCAGAUUUUCCUCUCCUCGGCUACUUCGUCCAGCUCCUCCCAAGGCGUUCCCAGGCCAGUUGGGAGACAUAGUCUCUCCAACAUGUCCUGGGUCUUCUCCGAGGCCU